UACUCAACAGUGCUGUCGACAGUGGAAAGUCAAGGAAUUUUGGCUUUAGCCUCUCCAGUGUGGGAGACGGAAUAUCCUCAAUCAGAUCCGUUGGUUGAGAUUCGGUGUCGUUGUCCAGCGUCACGAUGCAACGAGAGAUUGCUCGUAUUUGCCUUUUGUGCUAAAUCCGGAGAAGCAGCCGUAAUAUUGUCCAUCACUGACGCGGGCUGACAAGGUGUGAAGGAUUGCUGUCAUGACUGGAGCUGAGACUGAGGAUGAUAUUCCUUUAGGAGAAAGGAAAACGGUCACAGAUUUUUGCUAUCUCUUGGACAAAUCAAAACAACUUUUCAAUGGACUAAGAGACCUUCCUCAGUACGGACACAAGCAGUGGCAGUCCUACUUUGGGCGGACUUUUGACGUUUACACCAAGCUGUGGAAAUUUCAGCAGCAGCACAGGCAGGUUCUUGACAGCCGCUAUGGCUUGAAGAGAUGGCAAAUUGGGGAAGUUGCAUCCAAAAUUGGACAGCUGUACUACCACUAUUACCUGCGUACAUCUGAAACAAGUUACCUGAAUGAGGCAUUUUCUUUCUACUCGGCCAUCCGCCAGCGGUCCUACUACUAUCAGGUCAACAAAGAGGACAGGCCAGAAUUAGUUGUGAAGAAGCUUCGAUAUUAUGCCCGCUAUAUAGUGGUCUGUUUACUGCUCAACAAGAUGGACCUAGUUAAAGUUUUGGUCAAGGAGUUAUCUGAAGAAAUCGAAGAUUAUACGCAACGAUUCAAUACUGAGGAUCAGUUGGAAUGGAACUUGGUUUUACAGGAGGUGGCGUCUUUUGUUGAGGCUGACCCAGUGGUACUACUGAAUGACAACAAUUCUGUCACUGUCAUCAGCUAUCGCCUCCAGGAGGGAAGUGUGCCCCCCCUGGAACAAGGCAUGGUGGUUGGACAGCUGGUCCUUGCAGAUGCACUAAUCAUUGGCAACUCCAACAGCCAGGUUAAGUUCAGUGAAUUGACUAUUGACAUGUUCCGUAUGCUUCAAGCUUUGGAGAGGGAACCAGGGAACCUUGCUGUACAGACACCGAAACAAGGAAUCUUGGAGCCCAAUGAGAAGCCAGCAAAAAGGGAAAACCCUCACAAGUAUCUACUGUAUAAACCCACCUUCAGCCAGCUUUUUACUUUCUUGUCUGCCUCCUUUAAAGAAUUGCCAGCAAACAGUGUUCUGCUAGUCUAUCUAUCAGCAACUGGAGUCUUCCCAGCUUUAAAUUCAGAAUAUGAUGGACCAUAUGAUUUUGGAGGGGUUCUCACAAAUUCAAAUCGAGAUAUUGUGAACGGAGAGGUGAUCCAGAAGAGAAAUCAGUCCCAGAAAGACAUGCACUGCCUCCAUCCCGGUGACCUGCUCCCUUUUACUCGGAAGCCACUUUUUAUUAUAGUGGAUUCCACAAACAGCUCAGCCUUUAAGAAUUUCACAAAUAUGUUUGGUCAGCCAUUGGUGUGCCUACUAUCUCCUAAAGUAUAUCCCAAGACUAUACAAGAUCAGUCUCAGCGUGGGAGUCUCUUCACCCUUUUCCUCUACAGCCCACUCUUGGCUUUCUUCUCUGUGUGUGGCUUAAACAGCGUGAGACGAGGACUUUGGGAGAGUGCUCAAGAAUUUCUUCACAAAGUGGAUCAUGACAUCGGGCAAAUGAUAACACGAUCACAAACCAUAGAUCAGGCUUUUUUGCAGUUUUUUGGUGAUGAAUUCCUUCGACUGCUGCUGAUUCGUUUUGUGUUUUGUUCAGCUACACUGAGACUGCACAAAGUCUUUCGGGAUGCACAGAGCUUUCCCGAGUCAUACCCCGAGCUCCCGAAACAGGACACGGUGGAGAGCAGUGUUCUGCAAAAGCAUAUUUUGAAGAUGGCAGCCAUGUUGGAUGUACAGAGCCUCUUUUUGGAUCAUUCAGUGGACGUCUACUAAAGUCUUUAACCAGGACCAAAUUCCAUAUAUAUACAUACAGCAUUUGUAGCAUUUUUGUUAUUUAUUUUUAUGUUGACAAUUCAUUCUCCUAUACGUUUCUUCACAUCCUGCAUUUUAUUGUUUCUCGCUAAAAUGCGACAGCACAAGAGAAGUUCAAUUAGAAAUGAUCAGCCGUACAUAUAACCCAUUUUGUUUAGGCUUAAUAACAUCUCACUUCGUCUUACAUAUGCAAAGAAUUACUCCUAAAGGGACUGUAUGCAGCUCGCUCCAAAUUACGUUUUUUUGAAACCUAAAAAAUGUUGGUGACCCCCACCUACGGCCUGCACGUGUUACCAGUAGUUUAAAAGAACAGACUGAACAGAAACACUGUAAAUUGUAUUUAUCACAAUAUUUUCAGCCAGCCCAAAUCAAAUAUCUGCCGCUCUCGGCUGUUGGUAAUUACGUCCGUGUUCAUGGCGCGUGCACAGAUGCGGUCUCAGAGAAGAAGCAACCAACAAGUUGGAGGCAUUGUGUAUUUACGGAAAAACAUGCAAAACAUUCAAUGAUGGUUAACAUUAGUAAUGAAACUUUGCCAAAUUGCAAUUUAUUUUUUGUUUAGAUGGAUUUCAAGAGCUAUAAUACUAUUAGAAAGCUUGUAGUUUUUACACGUGUACGUUGUUUUGUUUCAUGAUAUCAUUUGUUUAUUCCCACUUUGUUCGGUGUUCCUUCAACGCACCAUAGCUGUGUCAAAAUUUCUCAGAUGCUACCACAAAAAAUUCAAUUUUUCCCGUUCUUUCAUUUCAUCGUUGUUCCCAAAUGCUGACGCAUAUAAAGGUGAGCUUUGGUGAUCUGUCUUGAGCGCCCGUGUCCGUAUUUACUCAUAUUUACUUAUUUACUCAUCAUCAGAAAACGAUGUGAUAGUCUUCUUUGUGCAACCCCCCCAGGCUCAUACCAGUGGGGGGGGUCUGUAUUCAUGAUGUUGUCGGACGCCACUUCUCUGACUUUUGUUCAGUGUAGUUUGACAAGAUAUAACGCACAGCGCUUUUAAUGUGUGUUGUUGGCAGUCCUUCCUUUGUGUUAAUAAUCAGUGGUUUACUGGUAGAACAGUAGCAUUACAUCACCUUACCUAACCCCGUUUCCCACCCGGUCCACAAGAGCCUUGUUGGAAUGCAAAUCGGCCCACGGACCAAAAAAGGUUGGGGACCACUACUCUAGGCGACUGAAGAAACCCGCUGCAUACAGUCCCCAUUUUAAAGUGGCCAUGACACCAAAACAUGGUUAAAAGGGACUUUUCUGAAUCGCACCCAUAUUUGGCUGUGACGUCAUGCCGAGGACUCUUCCCGGCAAUCAGACUCAUAAAAACACAGCAAAACAAAAAAAUAUAUAUAUAUAUAAAUCACACAAAAAUGCACUGCAACAAUCUGAUAAUAUGUUGGUGUCUUGAGCACUUUGAAGUCUGAAGUAACCGUUUAUCACCAAUAACUAUAAUGGUCAACCCACCAGGCUCAUGAAAAUAAAGAGAAGCAAUGUCUCCAGGAUCUGGAGCUAGGGAUUCUCUAAUAGUACUAAUCCUAACUAUUAAGUCUUAAAUUAACUAAACUAGAACUGGCACCCGGCUAGAAUCUAGAGUAGUGAAUAAAUAUAAAUAAUAGCAUAUUUGAAAUGUUUAUACUAUUUAUUAAAGGCAUGUGUGUCCACAUGAUAGAAAUGUUCCUCUUGUGUUUAGUUUCCUAGUCAGGUUGCAUACCUGACUUGGACAAAGUCACUUGCACAAAGGUUGGAUGGAGGAAACUGGACUCUUUGUUUGUUGGAGAUAUUUCACCUCUAAUCCAAAAAAGGCUUCUUCAGGUGUGGAGUUUCCAACUCAGGUGGGUGUGGUCACAAUAGGGACCUGGCUGGCAGCAAUAGGUCGCACACCAGCCUGGUGGCAAAUCGUGGCCACUCUUCCUGUGGAAUGAGACAAUCUUUGGGGGAGAGAUGUUAAGGUGGUGCAGGCUAAUUCCUGCAAGUUGUUGUGGGCAGAAGAAGGUUUUCCACUGCUGGCCUCAUCAGGAAAAAUGAAGGGAUAGGAAAGGGCCGCUUUGAUUUUUUGGUAUGCGAAGAAGUGAUUUCCAGCUUUGUAGAACACAUAGGAGAUCGGGAAGAUCUGGGUUCGAAUCUCCGCUUGGGCAUCUCUACUCCGGUUUCCUAACAUGCAUGCUAGCUUAAUUGGCGACUACAAAUUGUCCAUAGGUAUGAAUGUGAGUGUGAAUGGUUGUUUGUCUAUAUGUGCCCUGUGAUUGGCUGUACCCUGCCUCUCACUCAAAGACAGCUGGGAUAGGCUCCAGCAUACCCGUGACCUUUGAGGAUAAGCGGCAUAGAAAAAGGAUGGAUAGAUGGAUGGGCUUUGCAAUUAAGGUGAAAAAGAGUACAAUGAGCCCAAACAUACUGUAGGUCUGCUUUUUCAUAAUUUUUGCUGUUAUUUUUUCUAUUUUCCAAAUAUUUUCUUAAAUAAUCUUCAUAAAUGUUCUUCUUUUAAAAUUAUGACUUUAUUCCUAUAAUAUUUUGACUUCAUUCCCAUAUUGACUCUUUCCCCCAAACUAAGUUUCCAGAAAUUAACUUUUGCACUUUAUUGUUCACUGUAUUCAAUUACAAUUGCAUCAACCCCAGCCUUGCAUCAAUCUCCUAACAUCUGGCCCCCCCCGCCCCCAAAGAUUGUAAUGAUCUGUUUAGCCACCAGACCCACGAACAAGCAGUUGUUACGCAGGGCAGUCGCUCAGCAGCUACGCUGUGCCACAGGGGUGCCACCCCCAGAGAACACACACACACACCAGCGACCUCAAUAGGUAGACUCCACACCUAAAAUGUUCAAUAAUGUGAAAACUGUGAAAUGUACAGAAGGUGAAACGUCUUCAACAAAGAAGAAGAGUCCAGUGCCCCCCCCCCCCCCCCCCCUCCAUCAGUCUUUCUUGAAAGGCAUUUCCAAUUCCAUUCCAACUUUAUAUUACGUAAUUGUUUUUAACCGUGAUCAUUUUUGUGAACAACUUGAAUUUAUUCCUGGAAGUCGCUCACCAACUUUUGAAUUUUGAUGUAUAAUGUAGUUAAUAUCUCGCCAACAUUUCAGAACAUUUUUCCAGUAUGUGCUAAAUAUAUAUAUAUAAUGUACUGGCAUGAAUAGAAGACAACCCUACAUAUAAGACCCAACCUCUUUUUCCAAAACCUGUUUAUGGGGAAAUCAUUUUGAAGACCGUGAAAAGUCAUCAUAUUUUAUGACUCAUACUCGACAGUUGUUGAUCGAUCACUAUUAUCGUAAAAUUUGCAUCGCAAUGCCUUCCUUCUUGUUUGCUAAGGGUGCGUUCACCUUGCUGUGCUCGCACGGUUCAUUUGGUCCAGUGUGAACGCAGUCCACUCCACCCUGGUGUGUACCAACCUAGCGUGCAAGUCCACAUGGAUACGGUGCGGUUCACUUUGCAGCCAGAGAGCACCUCCAUAAGAGAAAACGUGUGUACAUGUAUACACCUCGAGACCUCCAAUAUAAGACGACCAGGCUUUGUCACAUUGUUUUCUAGGGAAAAAAAAUACCUUCUUAUAUUCGCGGUAAUGUAUUUAAAUUUUCACUUUUAUAUAGAUGAGAAGAAUAUGAUACAUUUCUGUGCAUGUUUUGUUGUUUUUCCACUUUUGGGCAGGACCCUUCAUGAGUGCCUGCACAACUCACAGCCAUUUUUGACAUUUUAUGUUCUGUGAUUACCACAGUGAAAGUGAAGCACAAUUCAAAUGAAAUGUAGACUCUGACAAGUAUGUUAAGUUUAAGAACAAUCAUUUUUGUAUGUUUAGAACAUGUGAAUAGAUGGUGUUUUCUCUAGUGAUACUUUCCGGGAUUAAUGUUAAUAACUGGACCAUGAGCAUGAACGUGUCACUUGUUGUAACAUAAUUAAAACAAAGGAAUCUAAAUUGACCUUUAGGGUCACAUUGAUACUGUUUAAACCGAACCACCUAGUUUUAUUUGUGUGUUAUUGUAUUGUUACAAAGCUUCGCAAUUUGUGUUGUCUUAGCAAAACACGCGGGGUGUCCACAAAGUCUCUUUACAAACAUGUAUUAUAGUGUUGAAUUUCACGCAUUCACGCUCAUCAUGUUUUGAACACGGCCUAUUAGUAGUAAAAAAAAUGCAUAUAUAAGCAAAACAACUUUUUCAAGCAUAGAAAUGGCCAAACAUAUGGCAUUCCGGAGCAAUCAUAUAUAGUAUUCUACAUUUUGUAAUACUUCCCACUUAUGUGUCUAUUCAUGUGCUGUUGUAAGGAAUGUGCUCACCAGUAAAGAGACUUUAUGAACACCCUGUCUUAUAUAUAGAUGGUGCAAUUAAGUGUGGCACAAUUAAGCAGAUAGAAACCCUUCAAAUGCUUAUACCCAUUCAGUUUUUUUUUUUUGUUAAAUAUCCAGAAUAUUAUUCUUGUACCUUGAGCUCACAAAUAAGAUGUUCAAUAUAUGUUGCAGUGUACAAUGAAGUAGAAAAUGUGUUUGCUUUUGUGAAAUGAACAAUUGCAAACCGAAUCGAAGGAUGACUGAGUAUACGAAACGGACCAUAAUCAGCAUGAGAGUUCACCAGAAAAUAUGUCCUUUUUUUUUUUUUUACAGCAACGCAAGCACAAAUGUCCUCUGCGUAUUGGGCCAACAUGUGAUGCACUAUUUGUCUGUUUCAUCGAGUUCUCCUUUUUUUCUGGUCCACCUUUGGUGGUCCGUACCUGUGAUCUACGUAUUAUGAUGUCAAGUGUAUUCUGAAGACUUAAGUUAAGAAAAUAAUGCAUUGAUGUUAACGUCUACAAGUAGCAUGUUUGUUUAGAGUAUUAAGUGCCAAAGACUGACUUUGUUUCUGUGUUGCCAAAAGCAAGCCAAUAAAAUGUAAAAGGGGAUUUCUUUAUUUGUGGGACCUACUCCUGAUACUUCAGUAAGGAUUGUGAGAAAAGAAUAAUUACUACCCUAAUCAUAAUAAUAACCACUGUUGGGCAAAUUACAUAAAAAAAGGAAUUAGUUACUAGUAGUUAAGUUCCCAAACAACCAUAACUUAUUGACUCGCUAUUUAGCUUCCUGUGUGGUGGUAAUAGUGUGCAACAUAAGCAACUACAACUUCUUGACUAGCUAUUUAGCUUCCUGUGGGGUGGUAAUAGUGUGGAACCUGAGCAACCAGAACUUAUUGACUAGCUAGUUAUUUAGCUUCCUGUGUGGUGGUAAUAGUGUGGAACAUGAGCAACUACAACUUCUUGACUAGCUAUUUAGCUUCCUGUGAGGUGCUAAUAGUGUGGAACUGGAACAACCACAACUUAUUGACUAGCUAGUUAUUUAGUUUCCUGUGUGGUGGUAAUAGUGUGGAACUGGAACAACCACAACUUAUUGACUAGCUAGUUAUUUAGCUUCCUGUGUGGUGGUAAUAGUGUGGAACAUGAGCAACCGCAACUUCUUGACUAGCUAUUUAGCUUCCUGUGGGGUGGUAAUAGUGUGGAACCUGAGCAACCACAACUUAUUGACUAGCUAGUUAUUUAGCUUCCUGUGUGGUGGUAAUAGUGUGGAACAUGAGCAACUACAACUUCUUGACUAGCUAUUUAGCUUCCUGUGAGGUGCUAAUAGUGUGGAACUGGAACAACCACAACUUAUUGACUAGCUAGUUAUUUAGCUUCCUGUGAGGUGAUAAUAGUGUGGAACCUGAGCAACCAGAACUUAUUGACUAGCUAUUUAGCUUCCUGUGAGGUGGUAAUAGUGUGGAACUGGAACAGCCACAACUUAUUGACUAGCUAGUUAUUUAGCUUCCUGUGUGGUGGUAAUAGUGUGGAACAUGAGCAACCGCAACUUCACUCCGUUUCUGUCAGUUUUGUCAUUUUGUGAAGAUGAGUAACUUGAAUGUUUUGUCAGGUUCCUCUUGACCAUUGGACGAGGUGUCGGAUACUUCAAGAACCCACAUGGUAGAAACAUGGUUUUCUUCUUGAGGGACCAUGUGCUCUCAAAUUGUGGUGUCCAGUAUAUCUGCCUGGACAAUGCAACCAUUUGGUCUGUAGUGAGUGCCCUUAUGUUCUUGAAGAACUGGUGAUGGCUUCAGUUCUUUCUUCCCAACUUUGUCUUCUCACACCAACAUUUAACCAGUACCAGUUCCUCACCCAGGGAAUUGUUGUGCUCCGGGAGGACGGUUUGUGUUUCUUGAAGACCUUUUAAACAUGCCUUCAGGUGUGCAUUCUCUGUCUCCACCUUCAAACCUGGGUUAUGAUUCAAUUUGAUCAGACUGGAUUGCUCAGAAUCUUCACUUGUUCUUGAAAGUCUUUUGCCUGAGUCUCUAGCUCCAGUUCAACCAUGGGCUCCCCAAAGGCUCCCAAGAGACAGAACUUCUUCCGUCUGUUCCAGCUGACUUUGAAGAUCACAUAUUUUGUUCUCUGCCCGUCAAUGAAAGCAUUUCUGUGACCUCUAUCUUCUUCUUCUUCUGCAGCUGUUCUGAGAUCAUUAAUUUCUGUUUGGUUUUUGUCCCCCUGAGAUUCAAGGUGAUGCAAUUCAGCAACUAGUUUACCUUCGCUUUCCUAGAUGAUGUUGACGUGUCUUCCCAGGAACUUUUACCACUGCCAGCGGGUUUUCAUUUUGUUUUCCAAUCCUUGCCUACUCCCUGCUGCAACCACUGAACAUGGGUAGACAAAUUGCUUUAACCUCUACAGCAGGGGUCUCAAACUCAAUUUACU